UAUAUAUAGAGACGUUUGCUGAUGGGACGGAGUUACUUGGUGAAACAAACUUGGCCAAGGCAACACACACUUACAGACACACGAUGCAGUUGGGAAUGGUCUCGGCUCUCCUGGUGGGGUUACUAGCGAUGGGUGACGCCCUAGGUCUAGAGUUAGCUGGUAUACCCCUGAAUUUGGCUCUGCCUCUCCCUGGUGGACUUGGUGCACUUGGUGGACUUGGUGGACUUGGUGCACUUGGUGGACUUGGUGCACUUGGUGGACUUGGUGGACUUGGUGGAAUUAAGACCGUAUUGGCAGUGGCUGGUAUUGAAGGCAUUGGGCUUCUCGUCAUUGUUAAACUCCUGAAGAAAGUGUUGUCAGGAGGUGAGGAGGAGGAAGCCCCACAGCCACACUAUAUUUACCUACCUCCACCACCUUCCUACCACAGCGCCCCUCCACCACCUUCCUACCACAGCGCCCCUCCACCACCACCUCCUCCCCACUACAGCCGCCAUAAGCGAGCCAUCGUACAGGGCAUGCAAGAAGUCGCUGAAGCAGAGAAGCUGUUGCUGUCAGCCGUCACUCACCUGGACACUAAUGGCUGUGUGUUGAAGCUCCUGUGUUCAUUAAAUAACAAGCAGGAGUUUGAUCGCACCCCAGAGGACAAGCUGAUCCUCCAGUUGUUCUCCGCUAACCCAGAGGCCAUGUCCUCCUUCAACACCGCCCCCCUGGAGCGUAAAGAAGCCGAUCAGACUCCAGCUGAAGAUCAAUCUAAGUGUGAUGAGUUGUUCCCCAAGUGUCCGCUGAAGGAGAAGGAACUAGAUAUUGUCCUGAAGCAGACUUGGGGGUGUGAGAACUUCCCCUUGUAGCUUGUGUACGUGAGAUGUCUUUGUUUAUGUAUACAAGAACAGUGCAAGCAAUGUAAACACUGUGCAAACAAUGUCAGGGAUCGUCCGUCUUGCCACACACUAAUGUAAAUAUCACUGUGUUCAAAGUGUUAUUUGUACCCAAUAUCCAAAGAUCUAUAA